GUGCUCAAUUUUGUCCGUGUGUCCUUACAAGCUAGAAAGGUCAAUUUGUUUGCUAUUGACAGACAUGCUGGUGAUAUGAGAGAAUUUGAAUUUGAUGUUGAUGGCAGUCUUAGGGAAUUUACUAUUUCUGUUGCUGGAGAAAAUCCUGUCGUAACUAUUAUCAAUUCAAAAGGGGAAGUUGUUGAUCAAAGGAAAGGACUUCUUGAUCUCUUAAAUCAUAAAAAUAUCAGCAUAGUUAAUAUAAAAGAUCCAGAACCUGGCCGAUGGAAAAUAAGAGUCAAUAGUGAAGGUUCUCAUACUAUUAGAGCUACUGGACUGAGUAAUAUAGACUUUGUGCAUGGAUUUUCAAGACAGCCUACUGCUAAUUUGAAAGAAACAUAUCAUCGACCUUUAAAAGGGGCUCCCACAUUUUUACUGGUGAAUGCUACAGAUCUACCUGAUCCAGCUACAUUUAAAAAUGUCAGAAUAGUAGAUUUAGAAGGAAACAAUUUACAGAAUAUUCCACUGCAUAGAUUUCCAGGGUCUAAUUUAUUUAAUGCUUCAACAUUCUUUCCACCUAAUGAAUAUUUCUACUUGAAGGUUGCAGGAUCAGAUGAACAUGGUUAUCCAAUUGAAAGAAUGACAUCGACAGCUAUAAGUGCACAACUGCCAG